GUUUACUGUGUUUUCUAGAGGAGGUGAAGAGAGAGGGAUGGACGAGAUGAAGAGUGGUUUAAUGUGGUGAUGUAUCUUCUUUCCACCACUUCUCCAUCACCAUCCCAUCCCAAAGCACUUCACCAGCCAGCACCCUUUCAGAGCACCCAAUCAUUCCAUACCACCAGUGACUUUCCACAUCAUUCAUUUUUCUCAUUUAUAAUAGUGCCUCCACAGAGCCCCCCAGUAGGAGCUGCAUGUGCAACCACUAGAUCAUGGAACUGUUUUCGGGCAAUAGUUGGCGGUUAGGGGCAUGUACGAUUCACUAGAGCUCAACAUUUUAAGUCAUAAGGCUUAAAAUCCCUUCUAACAGUACCUCGGUUCCAGUGUCUGCCUCCUGGAGUGAUCAUGAAAUUAUCCUUGUUUUCCAUCGUUAUCUUAAAAUGAUUGUAGUUUAUAUCUAAUCUACUUUUAAUUCAGAUUCAGGAUUUAUGUUUGAUAAUAGAUAAAUACUGGUAGUUUUUGCUAUAUUGGGUUGCCUCCAGCUUUGCCCAAGAUGGCAGAUCAUCAAAAACCCUUGCAUUUAGGAGCUAUUCCUAAUCACCUGGGUAAGUUCUCUGUUUCAGAUGGGCCCAAAAGGUGCCUUUUAUGCCUUGGGGAAGAGCCAUUCUGCUGCCAAUGGCUGUGCCUGUGAUGCCUACAAAUUCUUCAGAAAGACACCAGACGGACCAAAAGACAUGGGUCCAGCAAGGUGUUGUGGUGGUGCAUGAAUUAAGGAGACCUCUUCCUGAAAAGCCUCCCCAGACAUGAAUAAUGUGCCCACUAAGCCUCCCUCCAGGCUGAGAGGGGUAGUUGUGGUCAUAGUGCCUUGUGGAGAAUUAUUGAAAUGAGUUCUAGGGGCUCAGAAUCAGCAUUCAUCCAAAGUAUUGGAUCCAUGAGAUCUGAUCCUGAGCCCUAGGAGGGUCAGAGAAAAGACUCUGACAUUGAAACACAGGAAUUGCCAUGUUGGAACAGACCCGUGGUCCAUCAGCCCCAUUAUUUAUUCUCUGAUGGUGGCAGACACUGGGUGCUUCCAACGAAGGGGCAAAAAGCCCCACAGUAGGCAGAUGUGGGGUAAUCUGCACCACCAUGAAGCUCUCAGUCCCUAACGGAGAUUGCUUUAAACCUUGGAGGAUGGGACUUCAUCUCCCUUCAUUGCUUUAUUAGCAUUAACUGUGAUAACUUUGGGUAUUCUUAUCCAUCCCUCUUAGCAAGAUUCAAAAUUCUUGACUUCAGUGACAUUCUAUGGCAAUAAAUUCCAGAGUUUAAUUAUGCAUGUGCUGGAGUAUUUUCUCUUUUUGAAUUUCCCACCUAUCAAUUUCAUUGAAUGUCCCCUUGUUCUUGUGUUAUGAGGCAGGGAGAACAGAAUGUCUUGAUCUACCUUCACUAGACCAUCCAUUAUGUUAGAUGAUUUUAUCAUGUCCCUUCUUUAUCUCCUUUCAAUGCUAAUCAAUACAUUUCUUCAAACUAUUGCCACAGGAAUUUUCCAUGCUCCAAUCAGUCUUGAUAUCAGUGCCUGAAACCUCUCUAUUUCAAUACCCUUUUUGAGGUAGGAAGGCCAGUACUGUACAUAGUGUUCCAGAUGAGGCUAUAUCAUUUAUUUAUAUAAUAGCAUAAUAUUUUCUGCAUUAUACUAUCUUAUUAGCUUUUUCAUCUGCACUUGCCCACUGAGUAGAGGUCUUCAUUGACUUUCCCCUCCAAUGUACAUUACCUUGCAUUUAUCAACAUUGAAUUUCACUUGCCAUUGUGUUGUCUGUUCACCUAACUUGGUUUCUCUAAUAUAAAUAACUUUUUCAUAUGCAAAGUUUGUUACCUCACUGCUCCGCUCACCUUUCCAGAUCAUUAACAAGCUGUAUUAAACACUGGACCUCCAUGGAGAUCCUUGAGACAUUGUGCUGUUAACCUUUUAUCAUGAUGAAAAUUGACCACUUAUUCUUACUAUUUUCUUGUCUCUGCCAGUUUUUGAGCUGUGACAGGACUUUGCCUCUCACCCCAUGGCUACUUAGUUUCUUUAACAGCCUCUUGUUGAGAGAUCUUGUGAAAGGCUUUUUGAAAAUGUCAGUUUUGUACUGAAGAUGUGGAUGAAUGUCAGCUCCAGCCCAACGCCUGUCAGAAUGGAGGGACCUGCACCAACCACAAUGGAGGCCACAGCUGUGUCUGUGUCAAUGGCUGGAGCGGGGAGGACUGCAGUAAGAACAUUGACGACUGUUUCAAUACUCCCUGUGCUGUCGGGUCUACUUGCAUUGAUCGUGUGGCCUCAUUUACAUGUAUUUGUCCAGAAGGAAAGACAGGUCUCCUGUGCCACUUGGAUGAUGCAUGUGUUAGCAACCCAUGCCUGAUGGGAGCUCUAUGUGAUACCAACCCUCUGAAUGGACACUAUAUCUGCACCUGUCCUCAAGGCUAUAAAGGAGCAGACUGUACUGAUGACGUGGAUGAGUGUGCUAUGGCAAACAGCAAUCCAUGUGAGCAUGCCGGGAAAUGUGUGAAUACAGAAGGCUCCUUCCACUGUGAAUGUCUGAAGGGGUACACAGGGCCUCGCUGUGAACUGGACAUUAAUGAAUGUCUUUCCGAACCAUGUCAGAAUGAUGCCACUUGCCUGGAUAAAAUUGGAGGGUUCACAUGUCUCUGCAUGCCAGGGUUUAAAGGUAUGCACUGUGAACUGGAGAUUAACGAAUGCCAGAGUAAUCCCUGUGUGAACAAUGGAGAAUGUCUGGAUAAAGUCAAUCGCUUCCAGUGUGUCUGCCCACCUGGUUUCACUGGAGCAGUGUGCCAGAUCGACAUUGAUGAUUGCUCCAGCACACCUUGUCUAAAUGGAGCCAAGUGCAUUGAUUAUCCAAAUGGCUAUGAAUGCCAGUGUGCCACAGGUUUUACUGGCACUUUGUGUGAAGAGAAUAUCAACAACUGUGACCCUGACCCUUGCCACCAUGGUGAAUGCCAGGAUGGAAUUGAUUCGUACACCUGUGUUUGCAAUUCUGGGUACAUGGGUGCCAUAUGCAGUGAGCAGGUAGAUGAAUGCCAGAGUAACCCCUGCCUCAAUGAAGGACGCUGCAUUGACUUGGUGAAUGGCUAUCAGUGCAACUGUCUCCUGGGCACUUCAGGAGUGAACUGUGAGAAUAACUUGGAUGACUGUGCAAGUAACCCUUGCAUUUAUGGAGUCUGUCUCGAUGGCAUUAAUCGCUACGAUUGUGUCUGCAAGUCUGGAUUUACAGGUCCAAGGUGUAAUAUUGAUAUUGAUGAAUGCAUCUCCAGUCCCUGUCAUAAUGGUGGAACAUGUGUAAAUGAAAUGAAUGGAUUUCGGUGUCUGUGUCCUGAAGGUUUCCAUCAACCCAGCUGUCACUCGCAAGCUGAUGAAUGUCUUAGUAACCCUUGUGUACAUGGAAACUGCACAAAUGAUGUCAGUGGAUACAUGUGUCUCUGUGACCCUGGUUGGGUUGGAACAGACUGUGAAGUGGAAGAGAAUGCAUGUCUGUCAAACCCGUGCCAGAAUGGGGGAAUUUGUGACAGUCUGGUGAAUGGAUACAGAUGUAUCUGCAGGAAAGGAUUCAAAGGAGUGAACUGCCAGCUCGUGUUGUCUCCCUGCUCUCCUGAUCCAUGUGAGAACUCUGGAAUCUGCCAAGAAUCUCCUGACUCGGAGGGCUACACCUGCCAGUGUGCUGCUGGCUGGGAAGGCCAGAGAUGUACAGUGGAUAUAGAUGAGUGUGUGUCAAAGCCUUGCAAGAAUCAUGCUGUGUGCCAUAACACUCAAGGCAGUUACUUGUGUGAAUGCCGCCCAGGCUUCACUGGAGGAGACUGUGAGAGCAACAUUGAUGACUGCCUUUCAAAUCCCUGCCAGAAUGGAGCUUCAUGUGUGGAUGGGGUGAACUCUUUCUUAUGCACUUGUCUGCCUGGGUUCCAGGGAGAUAAGUGUCAGACCGAUAUAAAUGAAUGUCUGAGUGAACCUUGCAAGAAUGGAGGCACCUGCACGGACUAUGUCAACAGCUACACCUGCAAGUGUCAGGCAGGGUUUGAGGGGACCCACUGUGAGAACAACAUUGAUGAGUGUACCGAGACUUCUUGUUUCAAUGGAGCCACUUGUGUGGAUGGGAUCAACUCCUUUUCUUGCCAGUGCCCAGUGGGAUUCACUGGGGCCUUCUGCGUGAUGGAAAUUAAUGAAUGCGAUUCCCAUCCUUGUUUGAACAAAGGGACUUGUGUGGAUAGCCUGGGGACCUACCAGUGCAUCUGUCCCUUGGGUUACACUGGGAAAGACUGCCAAACACUCAUGGAUCUGUGCAGCAAGUCUCCCUGUAAGAACAAAGGCACGUGCGUCCAGAGGAAAACCCAGUCUCAAUGCAUCUGUCCACCUGGUUGGACUGGCGCCUAUUGUGACGUGCCCAACGUCUCCUGUCAGGUGGCUGCUUCACAGAGGGGAGUCCACGUAGACCAAUUGUGUCAGCAUUCUGGCAUUUGCUUUGAUGUGGGAAACAGUCAUCGCUGCCGAUGCCACAUGGGCUACACUGGCAGCUACUGUGAAGAGCAGUUGGACGAAUGCACCUCCAAUCCAUGCCAGAACGGUGCCACCUGCCAUGACUAUCUCAGGGGAUAUCAGUGUGAGUGUGUGCCAGGGUACCAAGGAGUCAACUGUGAAUACGAAAUGGAUGAGUGCCAGUUCCAGCCCUGCCAGAAUGGAGGAACCUGCAUUGAUCUUGUCAAUCAUUUCAUGUGCUCCUGUCCACCAGGAACUCGGGGCCGUCUUUGUGAGGAGAACAUUGAUGACUGUGCUUCAGAUCUGGGAGGACCCCGUUGCUUUAAUGGAGGACAGUGCAUUGACCAAAUUGGGGGCUACAGCUGCCACUGUCUCCCAGGCUUUGCAGGCGAGCGCUGUGAGGGGGAUAUUAAUGAGUGCCUCUCCAACCCUUGUAGCCCUCAUGGUAGCCUAGACUGCAUUCAGCUGGUCAAUGAUUAUACAUGCAUCUGUCGCAGUGCCUUCACUGGUCGUCACUGUGAGACCCUAACAGAUGUGUGUCCCCAGCAGCCUUGUCAGAAUGGCGGUACUUGUGUUGUUGCCAGUCAUUUGCCUUUUGGGUUCAUCUGCCAGUGUCCUCCAGGUUAUUCUGGGUUUAAAUGUGAGUUUGGCAGCCACAGUGUCUGUGGGCAAGUGAAAUGCAAGAAAGGAGAGCAGUGCAUCCAGACAUCCUCUGGGCCCCGAUGUUACUGCCCAAAGCUCUCAGCUGGCACGGCGUGCCAGACUGGUACAGGCUGUGCCAGUGCACCAUGCCAGAAUGGUGGAAGCUGCAUUCCCAGGACUCAGCCACCUUACUACUAUUGCCAGUGUCCUGAUCAGUCUGAAGGGAGCCAGUGUGAACACUCAGUGCGCCCCAGCCAACAGCCACCGGGCUGUCCGGACCAACGCUGUGCAGAAAGAGCAAAAGAUGGCUACUGUGACAAGGACUGUAACAUGCACAGCUGCCAGUGGGAUGGAGGUGACUGUUCCCUGACAGGGGAGGAUCCUUGGGCCAACUGCUCUUCCUUGCUGCACUGCUGGAAGCACUUCGAUGGCAAGUGUGAUGAGGUCUGUAACACACCCGAGUGCCUCUUCGACAACUUCAAGUGUCAGCAAAAUAGCAAGCAAUGCAAGUAUGAUAAGUACUGUGCAGAUCAUUAUGCGGACGGGCGCUGUGACCAGGGCUGUAACAGUGAGGAGUGUGGCUGGGAUGGCCUGGACUGUGCUGGUGACAAAGCUGAGAAACUGGCAGAAGGGACCCUUAUUAUUGUGGUACUGAUGCCCCCCGAUGAGCUGCUCAGUGAUGCCCGCAGUUUCCUGCGGACUUUAGGAUCCCUUCUUCAUACCAACCUGAGAAUAAAACUGGACUCACAGGGAAACCCCAUGGUGUUCCCAUACUAUGGGGAGAGGCCGUCGUCACGGAGUCGGCGAUCACUCUCAGGCAAUCGCAAGCCCAGAGAACUUGAACAGGAGGUCAUUGGCACGAAGGUGUUCCUGGAAAUUGACAACCGCCAAUGUAGUGAAGAUUCAGACCAGUGCUUUAAAAGCACAGAAGCUGCUGCAGCUCUCUUAGCAGCUCAGGCCAUGCAGGACAUGCUGCCCUACCCCUUUGUGUCUGUCCAAAGUGAACCUUGGCUACCAAAGAAGACCCAGUUGGUUUACCUACUUGCUGUGGCAGCUGUGAUCAUCCUUUUCAUCCUGUUGUUGGGUGUGCUUGUGGCAAAGAGAAAGCGCAAGCAUGGCUCUCUCUGGCUUCCAGAAGGCUUUGUUCUACGCCGGGACCCCAGUAACCACAAGCGCAGAGAGCCAGUUGGGGAAGAUGCAGUUGGAUUGAAGAAUCUGUCAGUUCAAACUACAGAGGGUAAUUUGACUGACUGCAGUCUGAGCGAGCACUGGACCAGCAGUGGAGGACCUCCGCCUAAGAGAGCAAAGGCUGAAGACCAAGCUUUGCUGUCAGACGGAGAGGAGCAGGUAGAUCAGCGCCAGUGGACACAGCAACACCUAGAGGCAGCUGACAUCUGUGGGACCCCAUCUCUAGCCCUUACACCACCACAGGAGGAUCAGGAAGUGGAUGGGCUGGAUGUCAAUGUCAGAGGGCCAGAUGGGUGUACCCCACUCAUGUUGGCAUCUCUCCGUGUGGGCAGCUCCGAGAUUAGUGAUGAAGAUGAAGAAAUGGAAGAUUCUUCAGCAAAUAUAAUAACAGACUUGAUUUAUCAAGGUGCCAACCUGCAGGCCCAAACGGACCGUACUGGGGAGAUGGCACUGCACUUAGCAGCCCGCUAUUCAAGAGCAGAUGCGGCAAAACGCUUACUAGAUGCUGGUGCUGAUGCUAAUGCACGAGACAACAUGGGCCGGUCUCCCCUUCAUGCAGCCGUGGCAGCUGAUGCACAGGGUGUCUUCCAGAUCCUGAUCCGUAACAGAGUGACGGACCUGGAUGUGCGGAUGAAUGAUGGCACAACCCCACUAAUUCUGGCUGCCCGAUUGGCUGUGGAAGGAAUGGUGGCCGAGCUGAUCAACUGCCAGGCUGAUGUCAAUGCAGUGGACGAUCAUGGUAAAUCUGCUCUUCACUGGGCUGCUGCUGUUAACAAUGUGGAGGCAACAUUAGUGCUGCUGAAAAACGGAGCCAACAGAGACAUGCAGGACAACAAGGAGGAGACACCACUGUUCCUGGCAGCGCGGGAAGGGAGUUUUGAAGCAGCUAAAAUCCUGUUGGACCAUUUUGCCAAUCGAGACAUCACAGAUCACAUGGAUCGCCUCCCCCGAGAUGUGGCACAGGACCGGAUGCACCAUGACAUUGUGCACCUUCUGAAUGAGUACAACCUGACCCAUAGCCCUUCUGGGCACCCUGGCACCAUGCUGAGCUCAGCCCUCUCGCCAGUGAUCUGUGGCCCAAAUAGGUCCUUCCUCAAUUUGAAACAUGCUUCCUUAAGCAAGAAGCCAAGAAAACCAAGUGCCAAGGAUGCAAAGAGGAAGGGGAAGAAAUCUGUGAGUGAAAGCAAGGGGCAGUUUUCUGAGAGCUCAGUAACCCUCUCACCAGUUGAUUCCCUGGAAUCCCCCCAUGCUUUUGUAUCUGAACCAAUAUCGUCUCCAGUGAUGCCAUCACCAGGGGUUUUACCUUCAUCCCCACACACACAGCACACUGCCACAUCAGUACAGGCUGCGCACACCAUGUCCUUCUCCAACCUCCAUGAGCUGCAGCCCCUGGGAUGUGGAUCCAGCACUGUGCUUCCUUCUGUCAGCCAGCUGCUUUCACAGCACAGAAUCACCCCUCCAAACUGUGGGCUCGAUCGACUCAGGCCAGUUAACAUUUCUGCUGAAUGGAUGAGUCGUAUGGAAAUGAAUGAAUCCCAGUAUAAUGAGAUGUUUGGCAUGGUCCCCCAGGUAGUGCAUUCUCACCCCAGCAUGCCUCAGCAGAGUGGCAUGAUUCAAACCGAUGUGAAGCACGGCGGAGUCUCCAGAGUGUCACUGCCACCUAUUAUGACUUUCCAACUGGUUCCCAAAGGUGGCAUAAACCAGCAGGCAAUGCCUCAGCAGGCACAGGCAAACUGUGCUCAGAAUAUAGCUGGUCCUCUUAGUUCCAUGUACCAGGUACCAGAUCUAGCUCAGUUGCCAAGUGCCUCCUUUCCCAUGGCAGUGAUCCCUCAGCAGGAUGGACAAGUAGCUCAGACAAACCUCCCAGCCUAUCACCAGUUUCAGAGCUCAGUGGGAAAGUACCCCACUCCGCCAUCACAGCACAGCUACUCCUCCUCCGCCACAGAGAGGACUCCCAGCCAUACCAGGCACUUGCCAGGGGAACACCCAUAUCUGACUCCAUCACCUGAGUCACCUGAUCAAUGGUCAAGCUCGUCUCCGCACUCUGCCUCAGAUUGGUCUGAUGUGGCCACCAGCCCCAGCCUCGGCAGCAACCAGCGAGGGCCUGCAGCACAUAUGUCAGAGCAGCAGCGGAGCAACAUGCAGGUUUAUGCCUAAAGAGGUUCUAAUGGCUGCUGAAGCUGAGCUGGCUGCAGUUCUCAUGACAGUCACCCAGGAUGGAAAUGAAGAACCAUUUUAGUGUUCCAAAGUCUGAAUGCACCCACCCACCGUCCGCUGUGAUUGCUGUAGGUUUUAUGCUUCCCGAAUCAGAGAAGCUGGGAAUGGGGAAGACCUGUUGGGCCACCUCUAGCCAGUUCCCCAGGGACUAGUGUGUUUUUGCUCUCUACAUGAGAUUCUCUAGACUUUGUCCAGUCUGCUUUUAAACUUAUUCCACCACUUUCUUUGAGAGACUGUUGCUCAGCUUAAUGCUUCUUCUGGUUAGAGCUUUCUCAUAUUCAGCCUCAAAUAACAGUAAUUUUACCCUAUUGCUCUUCUGACACUUCCUUGUUACCAUUCCAAAUUCCUCCCUUUUCCCCACAAUUACUGGUCCUGACUGUGAUCUGAGCUAUCACCCUCCCCUGGCUCUCCUAGACCAAUGUCCUGAACUCCCCCUGCCCGUUAACCAAAACGCCCCCAUAGACAUGAGGACAACUGUCUAGAGCCACCUCCCCUGCACUGCCUAGCUCUUCCCUAACGCAGUGCCCAGGCCCUCCUGAACCCUCGCCUACAUGAGUGUGUGUACAAUGUUGACUCUUCCAGCUGCCAGCCCCGAAUUAUCCUCAAACAAGUCUACAUGGCAUUCUCCUCCUCAGAAUACCUGGUCAGACUUCUACCUCAGCUUCUACCCCCGAAGCUACUGUCUUCCACAGACAGGUCAGACCCCUCCUUCACACUACUCUGCAGUGAAUUCCAGGGCUCAGGGCCGGCCCACAGAGGCACUUUGUCUCAAAGAGGAGACUGCCCGGAAAAGAAGCAGUAGUUUAGGAAAACCCUCAGUUUAAGCAUGAGGAAGUUUCCUGACCUCACACCACAAAUUCCUGAUCCCAUUACACAGUAUCACAGCUAAGAGUCAAAUGUGUUUGACACUGGUGCUCUCAUAGACUCAUAGACUUUAAGGUCAGAAGGGACCAUUAUGAUCAUCUGGUCUGACCCCCUGCAUGCUGCAGGCCAUAAAACCGUCCCUACCCCUUCCCUGGACUCUGCUGUUGAAGUCCCCAA